AUGGCUCCGAUUCCGCCUGAGAACGGCGUGGAUGGAGACGACGAAAGAGAAGAAGAGGAGGACGAAGAAGACGAAGAGGAAGACGAAGAAGAAGAAGUCGAAGAUGACGAAGAAGAACCGAGACUCAAGUAUCAGAGAAUGGGAGGUAGCGUGCCGUCGUUGUUAGCUGCUGAUGCGGCGUCGUGUGUGGCGGUGGCUGAGCGUAUGAUCGCACUUGGUACUCAUGCUGGUACCAUUCAUAUCCUUGAUUUUCUCGGGAAUCAGGUGAAGGAAUUCUCUGCCCAUGCUUCUGUUGUGAAUGACCUUAGCUUUGACCUAGAAGGGGAAUAUAUUGGAAGCUGUUCUGAUGACGGAUCGGUUGUUAUAAACAGCUUGUUUACUGAUGAGUUAAUGAAAUUUGAGUACCAUCGCCCCAUGAAGGCAAUUGCUUUGGAUCCUGAUUAUGCAAGGAAAAUGUCUAGGAGGUUUAUUGCUGGUGGUUUAGCUGGUAAUUUAUAUUUAAAUUCGAAGAAAUGGUUGGGCUAUCGGGACCAGGUUUUGCACUCUGGUGAAGGUUCAAUACAUGCUGUGAAGUGGAGAGCAAGUCUUGUUGCUUGGGCCAAUGAUGCAGGAGUGAAGGUUUAUGAUACUGCUAAUGACCGGAGAAUAACAUUUAUCGAAAGACCGCGAGGGUGUCCUCACCCUGAGCUUUUGCUUCCUCACUUGGUUUGGCAGGAUGACACCGUCUUAGUUAUUGGCUGGGGAACAUCGAUCAAAAUUGCCUCAAUUAAGACAAAUUUCCAUAAAGCCACGAAUGGGGCAUACAGGCAAGUUCCUUUGCUUGGUAUGACCCAGGUUGAUAUUGUGGCAUCUUUUCAAACCAGCUAUUUCAUCUCAGGACUUGCCCCUUUUGGUGAUUCUUUGGUUGUUCUAGCUUAUAUUCCUGGAGAAGAAGAUGGGGAUAAAGAUUUUAGUAGCUCAGCUCCUUCACGGCAGGGCAAUGCACAAAGACCUGAAGUAAGAGUGGUAACAUGGAAUAAUGACGAACUUUCAACAGAUGCUUUACCAGUACAUGGGUUUGAGCAUUACAAGGCAAAUGACUAUUCCCUUGCUCACGCUCCCUUUUCAGGUAGCAGUUAUGCUGGUGGUCAGUGGGCUGCAGGCGAUGAACCACUAUACUAUAUUGUAUCCCCAAAGGACGUGGUUAUUGCAAAGCCAAGGGAUACUGAAGAUCAUAUUGCUUGGCUUCUUCAACAUGGAUGUCAUGAAAAAGCUUUAGCUGUAGUUGAAUCUGGUCAGGGUCGCAGUGAACUACGUGAUGAGGUGGGAUCUAGGUACCUUGAUCAUCUGAUUGUGGAAAGAAAGUAUGGUGAAGCAGCUUCUUUAUGUCCCAAGUUACUGCGAGGAUCAGCUUCCGCAUGGGAGAGAUGGGUCUUCCACUUUGCACAUCUACGUCAACUCCCUGUUUUGGUUCCUUACAUGCCUACCGAAAACCCGAGACUACGUGAUACUGCUUAUGAGGUUGCUCUUGUUGCAUUGGCUACAAAUUCAUCUUUCCAUAAGGAUCUCUUAUCCACUGUAAAAUCCUGGCCAUCUGUAAUCUAUUCUGCACCACCUGUUAUUUCAGCCAUUGAACCACAGCUUAAUACUUCGUCCAUGACUGACUUACUCAAAGAGGCAUUAGCGGAGUUGUAUGUAAUUGAUGGACAAUAUGAGAAAGCCUACUCAUUGUAUGCAGAUCUUAUGAAGCCAGAAGUAUUUGAUUUUAUUGAUAAACAUAACCUACAUGAUGCAAUUCAAGAAAAGGUUGUCCAACUGAUGAUGCUAGAUUGCAAGCGUGCAGUUCCUCUGUUUAUACAGAACAGGGAAUUGAUAAGUUCACCCGAGGUUGUGAAGCAACUUCUGAAUGCCGAUAACAAGUCUGAAUGCAGAUACUUUUUACAUUUGUAUCUUCAUUCACUAUUUGAAGUAAAUUCACAUGCUGGAAAAGAUUUCCAUGAUAUGCAGGUAGAACUCUAUGCGGACUAUGAUCCCAAGAUGCUGCUACCUUUCCUUCGCAGCAGUCAACACUAUACCCUUGAGAAGGCUUAUGAAAUUUGCAUCAAAAGAGACUUAAUGAAGGAGCAAGUCUUCAUCUUAGGAAGGAUGGGAAACGCAAAAAAAGCCCUAGCUGUUAUUAUAAAUAAACUGGGAGAUAUAGAGGAGGCUGUAGAGUUUGUUACCAUGCAGCAUGAUGAUGAACUCUGGGAAGAACUAAUCAAGCAAUGCCUUCACAAGCCUGAGAUGGUGGGCAUACUAUUGGAGCACACCGUUGGAAAUCUUGACCCCCUCUACAUUGUAAAUAAGGUGCCCAACGGGUUGGAAAUACCCCGGCUUAGGGAUCGGCUAGUUAAAAUUAUUACUGAUUACAGGACGGAAACAUCACUUAGACAUGGAUGCAAUGAUAUCCUUAAGGCGGACUGUGUCAAUCUUUUAGUUAAGUAUCACAAAGAGGCAAAGCAUGGAAUUUCGUUAGGUAAUGAAGGAGAUGAGCCAAGAGUUAAUACGAGUGAUCAUCGUGCCUCUCAGGCAUUUGAGAAAUCCUUGAGAACCAUGGAGAUGAAGUCGAAGACUAGGGGAGGUGGAAGAUGUUGUAUAUGUUUUGACCCAUUUUCUAUACAGAAUGUAUCAGUCAUUGUUUUCUUUUGCUGUCAUGGUUAUCACACAACUUGUCUCACGGAUUCUUACUACACUAAUAGUAUCACAAACGAGAGUGAAGCCACUUCCCAUGAGGCAGUAACGUAUGAUGAUUACAAUGGCUACACGGAUGAUGCCAGUGAUGAAAAUGAAGAAGAAACCAAGUCGGAUGGUCCUCGAAUGCGUUGUAUUUUGUGUACUACUGCUGCUGGUUGA